AUGGAUUCUAGUUAUUCUAAUAUAUUAAAGGGAUGUCAACCUUCCAAAGUUCCACCAAUUUUUAACCUACCAACAAAAGUGCACAAACGUACAUGCGGCGACUACUGUUACGUUGAUAACUUGAUCGAUUACAACCAUGAUCACGUGAAAUUUAGCCACAUCUAUCACAUAUUAUACAAAAAUAUUCAAAGACAAGUGCAAACUUACGGUGCAGUCUCAGCAUAUUUCUCUCUAUAUGAUGCCCCUUUUCUUUACAAACGUGGUGUUUACAGAACUGAACUAUCAAAAUUUGUAGGACAUGAAUAUGCAAAGUUAAUUGGACGUGAAGUAGAAAAUGGUGUAGACUUUUUGGUUGUUGGUCAAUUCUUCGGGCUAUGA